GCUGAACAGCUCCAGCUGUUGACCUGGGAUCAGAUCAGAUCAGAUCGGCAGGCAGACAGGCAGGCAGACAGACAGGCUGGCAGACAGACAGCCAGGAUGUGGGUGCAGCUGCAGGUCCCGGGUCGGUUCUUGGAGCUGCACGGCUGCAGCGGCCUGACCGACUGGGACAUGGACGAGGAGAUGAAGCUCACCACCACCACCGACCAGUUCCACUAUGACGAUAAGCUGAGCGAUCAGUACCUGGCCCAGUGGCACGCCGCACGAAUCCAGAGAAGAAGAGAUGAGUACACCUGCCACAGUCACACAUCAGACUCGUGUGUGCGGCCCAACCUGUGGCUGAUGGUGAACCCGAACCUCGCCUGUCCCAUCCAGUACAGCAGGAAGACUCUUCCUAAACCCGAUGUGGAUGCAGAGCCACGCCCCGCCCUCUCCAACCUCCACCUGUCGGCCAUGUUGGCUCCUCACGCUGUUGAGGCGACGCAGGCUGCCUCCUCCUCUGAGCACAAGUUCAGAGGUGAAGAUGGAGGCCCCUGGGUGGAUUUCCCUGUAAAUCGACGAGUCCAGAGCCGCCGCAAGGGGAGGAGCACCAAAUCCAGGGACAGCAAGCUGCUGAAGGUCACAGGUUGGCCCCGCCCACCGGUUAACUACUGCAUCCUCAUUGCUAUGGCGCUCAGCAACAGCCACACGGGAAGCCUGAACGUCCAGCAGAUCUACAACUUCACCAGAGAGCACUUCCCCUUCUUCCAGACAGCGCCUGAUGGCUGGAAAAACACCAUCCGACACAACCUGUGCUUCAGUAACAGCUUCCGCAAAACUCCUCACCAGCUGUGCAGAGAGGGCAAGAGGAAGUCCUGCCUGUGGCACCUGACCCUGGAUGGCCGCUGCCGCCUCCGGGACGAGAUCCACACCCUGACCAGAGAGCUGCUCAAGGAGCUGAAGAGGAGCAUGUCGCACCCCGAUCUGAUCCAGAGUCUGUUUGAGCUGUGACUGCAGGUGUGAACUGUGACCUGAGCAGCUCAGAGCUGCAGGCAGGAUACAGGAUAUGCAGAAGGUUUUUGUUUUCCUUAAUGCUAUUUUUAUUUAUGAAUAUAUUUUGUGAAGUUAAGUACGUAAUUUAUGUACAUAUCUGGAGAAGAGACAUUUUGAUUUUCUUAUUGAAAAAUAAAAGAGCAAACAGUCAAGGCA